UUCCUCCCUAAGGUAGAAAGCCAUUAAAUUUUUUGUCUAAUCAAGAAUCUCUAGCGUUAUCGUGAUACCUCUUCUCCAUUCUUACAUUAAAUCUUCUCGUCUGUGUCGCGAGAAGUUAAAUAGUUACUCUCUAAAGCAGAGAGUGCAACAGAGAGAGAGAGAGAGAGAGAAGUUGCGUUCCACCUACUCUACUUUAUUCUUCCAUGUCCCCACUCACGACUGCUUUACAUUCUCCCCCUUCUUCUUCCAUCAUUCUCCCCAUCUCUCUCUCUCUCUCUCUCUCUCUCUCUCUCACACUCACUCUCGCGCGUCUGUAGUACUCUUAUGGACUGAAAGUCCGAAACAGAGCAGCUGAACUGAGGCAGAGCACCUGCCUCAACAAUGGCGACCGUAGCUUCGUUCUUCAACAAGUUCCUCACUCUGCUUCUUCUUCUUCUCCACCUGGGUUGCUUCACCUUUGCUAGCCAUCUCCACCACCGCGAAUCCCCUAAAAAGAAACGCAAAGCGUUUCGCCCAUCCUCGUGGUCCUACUUCAAGCGGGUCUUCUCCCCCAAUUACUGCAAACAAAACGACACCGAUUCGCACCCUCCGCCUACAAUCUCCGCCAGAUCAUCCCAACAAUCCAUCCUCCUACCCAUCGUCGCCGCUGAAACAGCCGUCUCCGACUCUCCUGUCACCGUCCGACCCGGAUCCGCCCAAGAAUCCGAUAUCUCCUCCGACAACCCCUUCUUCCCGCUCCGAAACGACAUCUUCCCCUGCCCCGCCUGCGGCGAGAUCUUCCAGAAACCCCACCUCCUCGACACCCACCAGUCGAUCAAGCACGCCGUGUCGGAGCUCCUCGACGGCGACUCCGGCAAGAACAUCGUCCGGAUCAUUUUCAAAACGGGCUGGACCGAAAAGGAUAAAACCCCGAAGAUUCACCGGAUCCUCAAGAUCCACAACAGCCCCAAAAUUCUGGCCCGGUUCGAGGAGUACAGAGAGUCCGUGAAACUGAAUGCCGCCCGGCACUGCGUCGCGCUGCGGCGGGACGAGCGGUGCAUCGCCGACGGCAACGAGCUCUUGAGGUUUCACUGCUCGACGUUUCUCUGCGAGCUGGGGCAAAAUGGUAAUUCGGGCAUUUGCGGUCACCAGUACUGCAGCGUUUGCGGGAUAAUCCGGGCCGGGUUCUCUCCCAAGAUGGACGGAAUAUCCACGCUGUCGAACAGCUGGAGGGCGCACGUGGCGAUCCCGGAUGACGUGGAGCAGGAGUUCGCGUUCAUGGGCGUGAAGCGGGCGAUGCUGGUGUGCCGGGUGGUGGCGGGCCGGGUCGGGUUGGACCAGGACGUGGACGCCGACCUGGACAAGGAGGACGGCGGCUUCGACUCGGUGGUGGGCCGGGGAGCCGGGCCACACCACAGGCUGGACGAAGAGGAGCUUUUGGUUUUUAAUCCGAGGGCCGUGCUUCCUUGCUUCGUGAUCGUAUACGGUGUGUGAUCGCGUCCGCAUGGCUUGUGAUGCGGUGGCGGAGUUGUUUGUGAUGUCUCCGUACGUAGGGUAAAACUUCUAGUGUCACAGCUUGCUGUGCCAAGUCGGGGUGACGGCUUUGUUAUCCACCGUUGCUUUGAGUUCGUAAGGUAGCUGUCGUGUGUGGGUCUCACUGGAUGGAAUGCACCGUGUAAACAUAAACCUAACAGCAUGAUGGAGGAUGGCUGGGGCUUGCUAGUGUCACAGCCAACAUGACUAUCUGUGACUCACGGUCUAAAAAUCAUGUCGGCUGUGGAGUGAUUUAUGUCGAAUAUUUAUUUUUAACUGUGCCCAUUUUUAUAUUGUGCAAUGUAAAGCCUUUUUGUUUUGUUUUGUUUAGCUUUGUUUUUGAUGUGUUGAGCUGAUCCUUUCGGUCUCUUACUCUGAUUAAGACAUCUUAAUACUGAAAGCAUGAAUUUCUAAUCUUCAA